AUGUUUGCAGGAAAAGCUGCUGCCGGCCUGAUAAUUGGAUUUAAUCUUCAUAUCUUUUUGUUUGCUGCUGCUGCCACCAAUGAAUGUGUGAAAAAACUAUACAACAAUAAGAGGGCAUUAAUUUUGUGUGUUUGCAAUGCCACUUAUUGCGAUACGGUGGAACCAGUUGGAUCAUUGGAACGUUACGAAGCAGCAGUUUAUACGACGUCAAGAAGUGGCAGAAGAUUACAGCGCAGAACUGAUGUAUUUGUUGACGAAGAAAAGCUGAAAGAAGAUUCAGCUGGCAUUAAUUUUAAAAGUUUGCCACCUGACGCUCUAAAUAAUCUGCUCAAAUCAUAUUAUGGUCAAGACGGAAUACAGUACUCACUUGGGCGAAUACCAAUAGCAAGUUGCGAUUUUUCUACUCACGAAUAUUCAUAUGAUGACACGCCAGGAGAUUUUGAGUUAAAAAAUUUCAAAUUAGCAAAAGAAGAUAUUGCUUUCAAAAUACCGUUUAUUCGGAAAGCUCUCAAUUUAACGAACAAUGACCUUCGAUUAUUUGCAUCACCUUGGUCUGCGCCAGGGUGGAUGAAGACUAACGGAGAAAUGCGAGGUGGUGGUAGUCUGAUCAACGAUCCUGCACAUCGAUACCAUAUUGCAUGGGCAAAAUACUACAUUCGGUUCUUAGAGGAAUAUGCGAAAAAUGGGAUCAACUUUUGGGGUUUAACUGUUCAGAAUGAACCAAGUAGCGGUGCUCUUCCAGACUACAAAUGGCAAACGAUGUUUUUCAGUUCUGAAACUGAAAGGGAGUUUGUUCGUGAUUAUUUAGGACAAGCACUGAAGAAUUCAAGUGUUGGGAAAGACAUUGCUUUAAUGAUCUUAGACGAUAAUCGAUACUGGCUCCCCGUAUGGCCAGAUCACGUCUUAAGAGACAGAAAAGCUGCGAAUUAUGUUUCUGGAAUAGCGGUUCACUGGUAUUCAAACUAUCCAAUUUUUUCUCCAUCCCGAUUGAGCGAAACACAUGAAAAUCAUCCGGAUAAGUUUAUUUUGUCAACUGAGGCAAGUUUUUCUUGCUUUUUUCGUGUUCAAAUAGUUUGCACGGCUUGCAACGGAAAUCUUUUUUGGGAACAAGGACCGAAACCAGGCAGUUGGACAAGAGCUGAAAAUUAUGCUAAAGACAUAAUUGAAAAUUUGGAAAACUGGGUUGUCGGAUGGACUGACUGGAACCUCGCAUUGGAUUUACAAGGAGGACCAAACUGGGUAAAGAAUUUUGUUGACUCCCCAAUACUUGUCAAUGCAUCGGGCAGUGAAUUUUAUAAGCAACCGAUGUUUUACAUUAUGGGACAUUUUAGCAAAUUUCUUCGCCCAGGAUAUGUCAGAAUCGGCAUACAACUACCAAACAACUUGAAAGGAGUGGUUUUUGCAAGUCAGUCGCAACAGAGAGUGCUUGUCCUGCAAAAUCUUAGCAAUUUUCCGGUCAAAAAUUUGAUUAUUCAAGAUGCUACGAUGAUCAGUAAAACAAUGACAGUUGAACUUGAGCCUCGUAGUAUCACUACCAUCAUAUGGAGUAAGACGAGAUGA